AUGAACAAUGACAUCUGUAUGUUUGGAUUGACAAAAUCUGGAAAAACCUCUAUGAUUAGAGUUAUAUUCUAAAAGUUAGAAAUAUUCAGAACAUUCCAAUUAGAUCCAACAAAUAGAAUGGAAUCAGUUACAGUCAAUUUAGGAUCUCAUAUUCAUUUUAAGAUUUAUGAGUUUUCUGGACAUUAUGAUUUAAAUGAUUCAUAACCACCUGAAAUUGCAGCAAUGGAAACUUGUAGUCUAAUGAUCUAUGUUAUUGAUUCUUAAGUAAUAUAAUAUUCUAUAUAUAUUUUUUUAUAGGCAGAACCAUUUAAUGAGGCUGUAUAAUAUUUAAGAUAAGCCAUUCAGACUGUAAAAUAAAGAUCCCCUNAAGUCUAUUUUAAUUAAUCUUAAAUUAUUGAAUCUAUAUACUUAUUCAGCUUAUUGA